GCAGAUUUCGUGCGUGCAACACGACCGAUCGCCGUGUUUUCGUGUUUCCGCUCGGCACCGCAACAGUCGAACCGCGAUACUCGCCCGGUGAAGAUAAUCCGCCGUGUCGAGCGCUGAUAACGAUAUCGCGAUAGGCGCCGCGCCAGUGCCAACCCAUCCGGAAUUUUUCAGUUCGCUUCGGCUCCCCGUUCCGCGAAACUUCCCUCUUUUCCCGCGGAUUUUACCAGUGCGGACACGAGAAUUUUUCCCGAAGGAGUAAACAUCAACUAGGACCACAUUUUCUGUCGGUGUUUGCUUCUGCCAGUUUUCCGGUUAGAACGAGGCACAUUGCUUCAUCAUAAAAAUGUGACAACUUAUGACUUACUUUUGUUCACAACUUAUGUCGUUUGAAAAGUAUGUGCUGUGAAAAGUCCCCAUUUGAUUCAUGAACAAUCUAGAAGAUAGUUACCAAAAGUAUGGAAGAUAUGCUUGCGGCAAAAAUUGUGUCAGUCUGAUUAUGUCACAACUUAUGUCGUUUGAAAAGUAUGUGGUGUGGAAAGCCCCCUUAUAAUUCAUGAGCUACCCAGAAGAUCGUUACCAAAAGUAUGAAAGAUAUGCCUUCAGCAAAAAUUGUGUCAAUCUGAUUAGUUUGCUACCAUCGGUAGUUAGUAUUUCACCAUCAGUUUUCUUCGUUUAUGACUCAAUGACGUUUAUGAUUCAUGAACUAUCUUGGAGAUCGGCACUAAAACUAUUACCUUCGGCACAAAUUGUUUGGCGACUUUAGCCUCUCAACUCAUCGGCAAUAAAUUCUGUCCAUAAUAAUUGAAUUUUCCUGUUUACAUUUUCAACGAAAGGUCACAAUAUCUCUCUCCCAGCCUGUGACUGACACAUCCCGAAAAGGACAUCGAAAUGCGCGGAACUAUUCUUUAAUUUCGGACACACACCGACAUCGUCAAAACUCGUCGGAAUUCCUCUCGACGCAAUUUCAGUGAAAUAAUCAGUGUUGCUUUCGAUUAACUUUCGAGAUUCAUCCACGCACUCGCACCCCACAAAAAAGUCGUUUCCGUUUCUUUAGCUCCAGUGGAGACUUCAACCAAAAAAUUUGUCUCCGUUUCUUUAGUUCUAGUGGAGACUUCAACUAAAAAGUCGUUUCCGUUUCUUUAGUUCCAGCGGAGACUUCAACCAAAAAAAUUGCCUCCGUUUCUUUAGUUCUAGUGGAGACUUCAACUAAAAAGUUGUUUCCGUUUCUUUAGUUGUAUAGUGGAGACUUCAACUAAAAAGUUGUUUCAGUUUCGGUAAAGACUCAAGCGUGAAAAGUGUAUCUUUCCUGUUGUGCGCCAUCCCGGGAGCGAGCGAAAAAUUCGGACACGCCUUUCACCACCUGUUACGUGGAUUAAUAACGCUGAAACAGUGAAGUGUUCCAUACCGGACCGGAUUCGGGAGCGUCGGGAGUAGCUGUUCAGGAGCCGCUUCGCAGGUGGGCGGAUCCACCAAGGAACGUGUGAUGCGAAUGUUCGGCCUCUUUGGCGGCUUGCAACUUGGCAAUCUGGACUGUCUUAAUGCUUCCAUUAUUUUUACAUAAAGAUGGAUUCAUCUCAUCCCGUUGGAGCCAUGAAUCCAGCUAACAUUUCGUUCAUACUUCCAUUUAGUUGUUAACUGGGAUGAGGCCUUAAGUUUCCCGAAAUGACGAGCCAAGACUUUCCGCUCUUCAAAAAAGACUGGAAGAGGCUCAGUCUUCGCAAUCCAAAGAAACCGGAAAAUGCGAGGACUCAAGGCGGUUGGUUGCGACGAGCCGAGAGUCUGCGGCGCGCGUCCGUCGUGCUGGAGGUGCCUCUCGACGCUCAGGAGCCCAGGAGCAACUGGGAAGUUUUGGACCGUCUCAAAAAUACCUCCACCAACCCUCUCAAGUCUCCUCAAACUUCCAGUCUUCUCAAUAAGUUUAAGAGUCAAUCGAGCUGGCUCCGCAGAGCCGACAGCUUGAGGCGAGCAUCGGCCGUGCUGGAAACGAUGCCUUUGGAUGUGCAGGAGCGCAAAACCAACUGGGAGGUCAUCGAACAUUUUAAACAAAACCCUCAUCCCAACCUGCGCUCUGCGCAAAAUUCUAGUUUAUUAGUGAGUCGCGAUGGAAGUUGUUCGCGGGACGAAACGAACACGGAGACAGAUUCGCCGAACGAGGCGAACGGGGCAGGGCCGCAGGACUCGUUGCUCAUCAACACGAAGAACGGCCGCGCCAAAUCGGUGCUCCUCCACCGAGACUCUUUCUGGCGGAAGCUCCGCAACAGGCUCUCCAUGUCUCAGGGAUUCAAAAAUUUACAAGUGGAAAUGUUGUAUCAAAGGUAUUUUUUAAGGACAAACCAGCGACACAUGACCCAUCUUUUAGGAUUAUUAUUUUUUCUAUGCUUAACCCUCGGAGUUAGUCAAAUUACAAUAGGAAUUUUAUUUCAAUCAACGUCAGAUCUGUGCCUGGGCUUCAUUUUAGUUAUUUGCGUCAUCAUAUACACCAGUUUAAUCAUUACAUUAUCACGGCCGGCUUUGAACGAAAUCCAGUUACUGACUCUGUCUCUGAUAAUAUUCGGAUCUUUCGUUGCUCUCGAAGCAGGCCUUCUGCUGCUUGCCUCCACUGCCGAUGGACUCACGGCGGCCAUUUUGUUUGUUUACCUUUUGUACUGUCUCCUACCUUUCACACUGCCUCAGGCUCUCUUCAUGGGAGCUAUACUCUCAAUCUUCCAUCUCUUCUUCUCAACGUAUUUUAAAGAGGGUGGUCAUAGCUUACAAAAACAGUUUGUAUGCGCAGCUGUCAUUUUCAUCAGUACGAAUGUUGCUGGAGUCAUGACACACUACCCGAGUGAAACAGCAAAGCGGAAAGCGUUUCUCGAGACGCGGCAGUGUGUUGAAGCACGCCUCAUAACUCAACGCGCCAACCAGCAACAGGAACGGCUUCUUUUGUCUGUUUUGCCGCGACAUGUUGCGAUGGAAAUGAAAGCAGAUAUUGCUGGCAAACCACAGAAUUCUAUGUUCCAUAAAAUAUACAUUCAAAAACACGAAAAUGUCAGCAUAUUGUUUGCGGACAUCUGCGGAUUCACGAGUUUAUCUAAUCAAUGUACCGCUGAAGAACUCGUAACACUUCUCAAUGAAUUGUUUGCCAGAUUUGAUAGACUAGCGACUGAACAUAACUGCUUACGGAUCAAGCUGCUCGGUGAUUGUUACUACUGUGUUUGCGGUUUACCAGAGCCAAGACCAAACCACGCUCACUGUUGCGUCGAAAUGGGCCUGGACAUGAUCGAUACGAUUGCGCUGGUUCGUGACAUCAUGCAUGUGGAUGUGAACAUGCGGGUGGGCAUCCACUCGGGCCGUGUCCAUUGCGGAGUGCUUGGACUUCGAAAAUGGCAGUUUGACGUUUGGUCGAAUGACGUCACGCUUGCCAACUAUAUGGAGAGCGGUGGUCUUCCUGGACGAGUGCACAUCACGAAAGAAACGCUGAAACACCUGGGGGACGUUUACAAAGUCGAGCCCGGUAAUGGACGAGAAAGGAACGUUUAUUUACGAGACCAUAAUAUUGAAACUUUUUUAAUUGUGCCGCAAGACUCAUACAGAAAUAAUGAAUACAGUCAAAGGCCAAGCCGCGUAAAAUUGAAUGGCGACAUUGCAAAGGAGCUUCGAGUGAUGGGUCACAGCGGUCAUAGGAGAAAAGGUCCUAAGCUCGGAGGUUGGCGUGAAAGUUCCCAGUCGAAAAGCACGGAGGAGGAAGUGAACGAGUAUCUAAUGCGAGCUAUCGACGCCAGAAGUAUCGACAGACUCCGCUCGGAGCACUGCCGGCCUUUCCUACUCACUUUCAUCGACAAAAACGUCGAGCGAAAAUACGGCGUGGCCAAAGACCGCAUGCUAUCGACCUACUUCCUUUGCUCUAUCUACGUCCACCUGGCCAUAUCCAUCGUCCAGCUCAUCGUGUUCCCGGUGACAGGACUCCUCAUCGGGAGUCUGGUCAUCGAAUGGGUGGUUCUAAUCCUAGUCAAUUUCCUAAUUCUGGCGAAGAAGGUGAAAAAGCUGCCGGAAUCCGUGCGGGGAGUCUCCGAGAGGAUCCACAAAUCCCGAACGGUGGCGCAGAUAGUGGCCGUUUCGCUAAUCUCUGUGAUCUACGCCGUGAGCACGGUGCCGAUGUUCCUCCACAGGGCGGACCUUUGCUCAAUCGGUCCGAACUUCACCGAAAACAGUUCCGUCAACGCCAGCUUGGACCUAACCUCCGAGUUGCCGCUCGACGACCGGCCGCCGGGACCGAGCACCAUAUAUUUCAUCAGCUACUGCGUCCAGCUGAUAAUGGUCAUGACGGCCGUCUACCAGAUCAUCGUCAGCCUGGUCAAGCUCAUCCUCUUGUCCUUGGUCUUCUUCCCGUACGUCCUCUCGAGUCUCGUCUACACGUGCGUGGGCGAGGAGCAGGACCUGAAAUCCAAGCUCCUCACCUUCGUCAUGAUCUCCGGCCUGGUGGCCGCCCUCGUGAUCCACAGCAGGCAGACCGAAGCCACCUACCGGCUCGACUUCCUGUGGAAGCUCCAAGCCACCGAGGAGAAGGAGGAAAUGGAGCACCUCGAGGCCUACAACCGGAAGCUCCUCGCCAACAUCCUCCCGGUCCACGUCGCGGAACACUUCCUGGCCGCCGACAAGCAGUCGGACGAACUCUACCACGAGCAGUGCGAGUCCGUUUGCAUCAUGUUCGCCUCCAUACCCAACUUCUCCGAGUUCUACGUCGAGCUGGAGGCCAACAACGAGGGCGUCGAGUGUCUCCGGCUCCUGAACGAGAUCAUCGCCGACUUCGACGAGCUCCUGAGCGAGGAGAAGUUCCACUGCAUCGAGAAGAUCAAGUCGACGGGGGCGACGUACAUGGCCGCCGCCGGGUUGACCCGCAACACGUGCGACCUCGAGAACAUGAGCCACGUUCUCGCCAUGGCCGACUACGCCUUCAGGAUCAAGCAGCAGCUGGCUUACGUGAACGAACAUUCCUUCAAUAGCUUUAAGAUUCGGAUCGGCAUCAACAUCGGCCCGGUGGUGGCCGGCGUUAUCGGCGCCCGGAAGCCGCAGUACGAUAUCUGGGGUAACGCCGUUAACAUCGCGAGCAGGAUGGACUCAACGGGGGUCAUAGAUAAGAUUCAAGUUACGCAGGAGGUGUAUCAGAUAUUGAAGGAGAGGGGCUAUAAACUAACGUACAGAGGGCAUAUAGAGGUCAAAGGCAAAGGUGAUAUGGAGACUUACUUCUUGGACGCAGGCCCUGAGGAAGAUGGGUAGAGGAUCCUCUGUUAUCGAGGUUUCAGCAGAGUCUCUUAUAAAUUGAUUACGUUUUAUCUUUGGCUCUUCUAUAAAAGCCCUUUUCUGCAUAUGGAAACCAAUGAAAUAUAUGUCGUUUCUAAAAUGAGGCAGAAAUAGUAGUUCCUUAUUGCAAAAUGUGGUCCAAAUAAUGCUCAUGGUUAGUCGAGUUAAAAGUCUUGGGGUCAUUUUCAUUGAGAUUGAGUCUGCAGGCAAAUACGAGUAGCAUGGCGAGAGGAAAUAAUGCACAAAUUUUAAGACGCAAUGAAGGAAUGUAUUUAAUAGAAAGUUUCUUUUGACAUUAACGAUGCAAAAAGGAUGAUAAUGAGAAAUUGUACAUAUAUGAAAUGAAAAAUGAAUUUCAUAGGAUAAUCUUAUGUCUCCGACUUAUUUUUGCUUCUUCUUACUCUCUGCCCUAGUUGGAAAAAUGUUAUACUCGAAGCAAGUUUCCCGGGGAAUGAAGGUUCAUUUACAUAGUAAAGCUAUGGUGGGCUUCGCAAGAUUCCUUUUAGGAACUCUACUCAUUAAUCAAGAAAAUCCUCCACCCGGUGAUGAAACCCGACCGAUAAUUUGAAUGAUUCGAAUUGACUGUCAAAGUGAGAGAUAAUGUAUUAAGUUCAUUCGUUCGAAUGAGGAUAAGUGUUCUAAAAUUCCUGUGAGUUUUCAUCAAUAUUUUCUCCAACCGAACACUACACAGAUUUUCUUUUUUUCAGUUUACAUUUCCGCAAACGUUACUCAAAAUAAUGACACAAGUGUUAAAGCAGAUUGCGACAUUUUGGUACAUCCGCUUCUAUGAAUUUUUUUCCAGCGUCAUUUGUAUUGAUGGUUUUCAUGAAUUGCCAUUUCAUAUAGUCAGAUAGGUGAAUCAAAUAAACAUCUGCCGGCAAAAUAAAUUUGCCACGUAUAUAGUUCAAGCUUAAAAAAUUCAAACAUGCAUUAAAACGUGUCAAUAUUUCGUAAAACAAGAUGACGUUAUUACUGUUUUGUUCUCAUUUGCAUUUGCUUGUAUAAUCUAACACUUUCACUAUCUCUGUCUGUUUAGUCGGUACUUUGAAUAUAUUUCCAUUAGUUGAUCCAUUUAAUUUCACAUUCUAGAGGAAUCGUAUCAGCAUUAUUCCGCUCUCUCGAAAACCAAUGCGAUAACAAUUUUACCAUAACUUGGAUGGAUUUUGGGGAGUAAAGUCUGUGUUUCUGGGACGCGCUGCACCGAAAAAAAAAUAGUUCGGUCAUAUCAACCGGAAGUAAGGUGUUUAUAUUAGCCACACUGUUCGGUUCAUGAAAAAUCUCUCUCAGUUCUAGGAACUGUGUCCUCACGGAAAAAACUGUAUAGUGCUGAGCACUAACUGUUUAGAUCAAAUGGAGCCAGCUAGUAUGGCAGUAGCGCUAAGCCCUAAAACUUAAGCCCUAAAAACUGUAGGUCUCAGCAGUACUGCCAUAUCAGCUGGCUCAAUUUGAUCCAAACAGUUAGUGCACAGCACUACAUCGUUUCUUCCGUGCUCGGUUCAACCGAGCUUUCAGACCAAGCCGAACCAUAAAAAACUCGGUUGCAUGAGCCGAGGAUACGGUGCCCAGAACCGAGAAAGCGGUUACAUGAGCCGAACAGCACGACAGAUAUUGGACACCGUCCAUUCGGCUCAUAACGCUGUAUGAACAGCUCCAAAAGUAAAACGUAAAGCUGCUGGAGAUUACUCCUUUCCUAAUGCUGAUUUUUUUAAAAAGGUAAAGCGCAAAAUGAACUCAUUUACGUUUGAUUAACAUCAGAGAAAUUUUGAAGCAGAAACUUCUAUUCGAACACAUUUAACCCUCCGCGGCGCUCGUUCAAUCAAACCCAUCUCAUUUGAAAUGUUCUAAUAAUUCUCCUAAGUAUGUGCAUGUCUCUAAUAACCGUGUAAAUUGUACAGGCUGUGUAUUGUAAAUAGUAAAUUAUAGUCUACGAAAAUAAUUAAUAUGCCGCGUUUGAGCUCAAUAAGAAGGCACUGCACGGAAGAGAAAACUAUAAACCUGUAAGAAAUCAACAAAGUAAGUAUUAAUUGUAUGUCUUUUGCUGUUUCCAUUUUGUGCAUAAAAAUUGAUAUUUUGUAUUAUUUCCAAAAAUAAAUUAUUUUUCCAAAAAUA